CUCCCAGCUCUUCAUCAUAUCUCAAACAAAGUGGUUAACGCAAAACAGCAUACAGCAGCUAUAGCCAUGGCUUCCUCUGUUCUCUCAGCUGUUUCCCCACUCACGAUCUCGUCGUUGACAUCCCUCAAGAGCAACAUCAACGCCGUUCCGGCUGCGAACCGCCGCCCCAUCUCCAUCAAAACUCGUCCCGCCAGAGCCUCUUCAACCGGCGGGGACUCUAGCUUGUGGGCACCGCCGGCGUUCGGCAAAGACGCCGGAGGGGACUCUAGCUUGUGGGCGCCGCCGGCGUUUGGCAAAGCUGCGAACGGGGACUCCAGCUUGUGGGCUCCGCCGGCGUUUGGCAAAGCGACGGACGGGGACUCUAGCUUGUGGGCUCCCCCCGCUUUCGGCAAAGCCACCGACGGGGACUCUAGCUUGUGGGCACCGCCGGCGUUUGGCAAAGCAACCGAAGGGGACUCUAGCUUGUGGGCACCGCCGGCGUUUGGCAAAGCAACCGAAGGGGACUCUAGCUUGUGGGCUCCGCCGGCGUUCGGCAAAACAACGGAUGGGGACUGUAGCUUGUGGGCUCCCCCCGCGUUCGGGAAAACAGCCGACGGGGAUUCCAGCCUGUGGGCUCCGCCCGCCUUUGGCAAAUCAGCCGACGGGGACUCCAGCUUGUGGGCACCGCCGGCGUUCGGCAAAGCAGCCGAGGGCGACUCUAGCUUGUGGGCACCGCCGGCGUUCGGCAAAGCAGCCGAGGGUGACUCCAGCUUGUGGGCUCCGCCGGCGUUCGGCAAAGCCGCUGAGGGCGACUCUAGCUUGUGGGCACCGCCGGCGUUCGGCAAAGCAACAGACGGGGACUCCAGCCUAUGGGCACCACCGGCGUUCGGAAAAGCAACAGACGGGGACUCUAGCUUAUGGGCUCCACCAGCUUUUGGCAAAGCUGGUGAAACCUUUUCAACCGACGGGGACUCCAGCCUGCGGGCUCCACCUGCAUUCGGCAAAGGAGCCGACGGGGACUCCAGCUUGUGGGCUCCACCAGCUUUCGGCAAAGUUGGUGAAACCUCCUCAACCGGCGGGGACUCCAGCUUGUGGGCCCCACCAGCUUUCGGCAAAGCAGCCGUAGGGGACUCUAGCCUGUGGGCCCCACCCGCAUUCGGCAAAGCAACCUCUGGGGACUCUAGCUUGUGGGCUCCACCAGCUUUCGGCAAAGCUAGUGAAACCUUCUCAACUGACGGGGACUCCAGCGUGCUUCAGCCGCUCGUGUUCGGGAUAGCUAGCUUCGCGGCAGUCAUAUGAAGCUCAAUUUGACCAAAGAGCCAAGCAUCGUCAACAUAAACUAAUUUCGAUUUGAUGUUUCGUAGUGUGUCCACCCCUGAUCGGAGCUUAUGUUAUAUAUUUUCAGCACUGUUACUAUGGUCGCUUUUUGUGUUGCAUGUGUAAUAUAUAUGCAUCGUCGUGGAAAGUUAUAUGAUUCCUAAGUCGAAAGUGUAUCGUUGUAAGGUGUCUGUAUCCGUGUGCUUGUUUCUGUGUAUCCGAUAUAUAAAACUAAGUUGAACUUAGUAUAAGAAUCAUGGCAUGCAUAAUCUAUAUGAACAAACAGAAGAAGAAGGGGGGAAAAAAAGUAAGAAUGAUGGCGUUGUCAACCAGUAUGUGGAUCUAUUGGAUGCAAAUUGCAAUAAGAGACCAUGGACCUUUGAAAUACUGAAGUUGGGCCCAAAACCCUUUGGGGUUUUUGGGUAUGAAAGUAAGGCGAGCCCGUUUGGAUAUGGGCAGAGAGAAAAGGCUUUGAGCGAGGGAAGGGAGAAGAAGGGCCGGUGUGUUUGGGCCGGCCCAUUCGAACUUUUGGAAAGUGAGUUGGAAGACCGUUUAAAUUUUAGGAUCUCAAGUUUGACUUCCGACGUUCGAAGGACACGCGGGCUAAGAACAAACGGUGGUGUCGGUGUCGCCAUGGCGGCUCCUUAAAGAACGGAUCAGGAUAUCUAAGUCAAUGGCGGCUCCUUGGGGAAAAUCGAAAUUCAAAAUCACAGUCACAAAAUGAGAUGAACAUGGCUGUCUGCAGCUUGAACUCAUGGCCUUCUAAAUUCAAACUCAGACCUUUAACAUCACUAUCAAUUCUAGAUGAUUUUUACAUUAAUAGUGUUGGGAUCAAGGAUUGUAAAUAAAAGGGUUAUAGGUAUGAUAUGCCCCUCUACUAUGUAGUUUUAUUGAACAUGUCCCUCUACUAUUUUUUAUAUCAAACAUGCCCUUGUACUUUGAAAAAAUGAUCAAACAUGCCCUUCUGUUAAAAUUUCCAUUAAAAAAUCGCCAACCAUGGUUGAACCGAGAUGUAGAUGACCCGACAUCGGCAAAUGAGAGCGAAAAUGUCAGUUUUGUUCCCCAUUUUAUUUUUCUAGGUCUCGUUAAAGUGAAAUUAUUAGAGGUAUUUGGCUCUACAAAAGAACCCAAAAAAUUUUAAAGUAAAAUUACCGAGGAUAUUUUAGACAUUUGUGUCGCCCAAACCAAGGUACGACCAUGAUUGACUGUUUUUGGAUGAAAAUAUUAACAGAAUGGCAUGUUUGAUCAUUUUUCUAAAGUACAAGAGCAUGUUUGAUGUAAAAAAUAGUAGAGGGGCAUGUUUGAUAAAACGACAUAGUAGAGAGGCAUAUUACACCUAUAACUCUAAAUAAAACAGUAACGGAAAG